AUGGCUGCGCACCCGUGCGUGCUCGCGCGCCUCCGAGAGGCCGCGCCGCGGCGCGGCAGCACGGUCACGGCCAUCGCGGCGUCGCGCCUCGGCGUCGCCUGCGCCUUCGCGUCGCGGUCCCAGGUGCCCGAGGUCGUCGUUUGGGUCGGCAGCGAACCCGUCGCCGCGGGCGCGGGCGACCUGCACGCCGUGACCGUCGUCGCGCUCGGCGACCGCGGCGGCGCGCCCGUGUGCUGCUUCGCGUCGCGGAGCGGCGCCGCGAGCUGGGACCUGCGGAGCGACGCGCGGCCCGUCGCGCGCUUCGAGGAGGAGAGCGCCGCGCCCGAGUGCGGCGCGCUCGACGCGAGCGGCUGCGUGCUCGCCGUCGGCGUCGGGCGCCGCGUCGAGCUCGUGCGCAGCGACGAGCCGGAGACCCUCGUCGCGCGCCUCGAGGGCCACCGGGGCCGCGUCGCGGCCGUCGCCUUCGAGGCGGGAGGCGGGAGCGGCUUCGCGAGCUGCGGCGAGGACCGCACCUUCAAGGUCUGGGACCUCGCGCAACGCGCCUGCCUCUACUCGUCGGCCGUGUUGUGCGCGGCGCCCCUGCGCGCCCUCGCGCUGGAGCGCGGCCGCGUCGCCGCGGCCGCGGGCGACGGCCGCGUCUGGCUCUUCGAGCGGCAAGAAGAUUCCGGCUUCUGCGCGGAGCUGCUCGUCCUCGACCUCCGGAAGAGCCUGCCCGCCACCGCAUCGCCGGCGCCGGCGGCGCCGCCGGCGCCCGCGGUCAUCUCGAGCGAGCCCGCGUGGGCGCGGCCGCCGGACGCGCCCGAAGCCGUCCCCGAGGCCUCGGAGACGUCCGCGGGCGCGCUCGCGCUCCGCUUCACGGAAAGCGGCCUCGCCGUCGCGACGCCGUCCCACGUCCUCGCCGUCGACGUCGUCUCCCGCGGCGUCGCCGUCGUGGAGGCGCUCCACAAGGUCGCGAGCGUCGCCGCGCUGUCGUCGGACGGGUCCCCGGUCCGCGUCGCCGCCGCGGGCGCCUUCGAGGCCGCGGUCUACGCGGGCACGCUCCCCGGCGCCGCCGCGCGAGUACCGACGGCGGAGACGGCGCUCUCCUUCUUCGCGCCGCCGCCGCGCGGCGGCUUCCCCGCGGACUCGCCGCUCCGCGCCGACGUCGCCGCGCCGCCGCCCAAGGACCGGACGCUCCUCUCCUACGACACGCUCCACAAGACGAAGCGCAAGCCCGGCAUGGACAUGCCCAUCACCUUCCACGCCAAGGUGCGGUCCUCGGGCUACGGGGCCGGGACCCGCCGCUCGAAGCCGCCGCCGCGACGGCGCGACGACGCGCCGGACUACCCCGUCGACUGCGGGCCCCUCGACGCGCACCAGCCCCAGCGCGGCGCGGCGUCCCAAUUUGCGCACGACUACGCGCUGCCGACGUCCGCGGCGCUGCUCGGCGUCGAGUUCUCGAGCGACGCGCGCUGUGUCGUCGCGACGUCGAGCGGCGGCGCGCCCGUCGCGCUCCGCCUGCCCGUGGCCAAGCACCGCGGCAGCGACGCCGCCGCGACGGCGCUGGGCCUCGGCGGCCGGCCGACGCACGCGUCCUUCAGCCACGACGGGAAAUGGGUCGUCCGCAGCGGCCACGAGGGCGCGCCGCCCGAGGUCUUCGCGAACCACCGGAAGCGCGCCGUCGAGGCGCCGACGCUCGCGCUGAAAGCGGGCGGCGCGGGCGCGCGCUUCUACUACCUCGACCGGUUCCUGCUCGCGCCGCGGACGCGCGACGGCCGCGCGGAGCUCGCGCUCGACCUGUGCCGGAAACAACCGGUGGAAUGGACCGGUCCAGCGCAACUUCUCUAUCUCGGUCAAAUCGACGUCGAUUUGGCUAAUUUUUGGACGGAUCGUUUUCUCUCGUCAUGUUCUUUCUAG